AGGCCCAAAAUUUUACACAUCGUUAUUUGAUCUUUGUAUUCUACUUACUAUUUCGAUAGAUAUUGCCAAAAUCUAUAAAAGGGAUUGACCUAAGAAGAAUUUCAAAAUGGUGGCAAAAGCUGCCACAAAGUCCAUAACAGUGUUUAAAAAGGUUCAGCCGAGUAAUGACAUCCAACGUAUUGGAUUGUUUAGCGAGGUGGGGUACAUAACUAUCGGAGAUCCCUAUAAGUCAAUCAGGGACCGACCUUUCAAUGAUAAGGCAGGAAAAGGCAAACAGAUGAUGUCCUGCUGCACCAAAUCCAAGACUGGUCUGUGUGAUGGGUAUUUCCAUUCUAAUUUUGGGAGAAUUUUUGAAAGAGAGGGAUACUCGGAUCAAAGUAGACUUGCACGGAUUGAGCGAAUCAAUGAGGCUAAGAAGAAUACUGACAGCAAGCCGUUUUUACCCAGCAACGCUACAAAGAAACCGUCGGGACUUGGUAGCCAUUAUGGAACUUUUAAUGGCAAGGUUCCUUAUUUUAAGGGGACUGCUCGGCCUAAAGAACGCUACAAGUCUCCAGGUAAGAAUUUCCUAACGAACCCUACCAAGAAGGGAUCGGGUUACGGAUACAACUCUCUCACCAUCGGAAACGAUCUCCAGUACAGUGGGGAGUCCAUCAGCCUCGGUGAUGAGAUUAGGAACCAUGAACGCAAGGAACACAAUAAGAAGAUGAUCUCGAAACCGUUCAAGCUGAAACUCCACAACAACUCCUUAUUCGACCCCAACAUAUUCAAGUCCAACCAACCUCUUCCCCCCGCCCAAAGGAGAUCCCCCACUCCUCCACCUAAACGAGCCAACCCACCCUUCAAGCAGAGUUCCCCCGCCAAAGAUAUCGGGAACUGCAAAGCAGGCACCUUCACCCCCUACCCACAACACCCAGUUGACGGGUACGAUCUGAGAGGACAGAAACCACCCGGUCCUAAAUAUGGUAUGUUCAGUCCGAGCGCGGGAAACAAGUCCCGACCAACUGGUUCCAUCAUCAAUAUGAAGGUCACCAAGACGAUGAACGUCACCAACUUUAGGUCUAUUAAGUGUUGAAUAAUCACAGAGUUGGACUCUAGAUUAUACUAAUUGAUUUAUUUUGCUAAUUAAACUUAACCCAGUUCUAUUCGAUGAAAUUGUUUGUGUCUUUGUAAUCACUAUUA